AUGAUAAUGGGAAGGCCGAGUCUGCACGCUAGCUAUUGUCUACUUCUCAUUACACUUGUGUGGCCCCCUGCCCUGGCCGGGGUCAAGGCCACCAGGGAGGAGCGCACGUUGCUCAAUGAAACUGAGAGUAAUGAAGUGCAACUGAACAAUGAAGUGAUUAGUAGUGAGGGAGGGGACCAACAGUCGACCCCUCAUCCUCACUCGAUGGAGGAUAAACCGUCGAAAUUCGAUAUGGAUAUUUCGGAGAUGAUCUACAUGGAUUCCAAGAAGAUCUCCGAAAUGGAGACGCAGGUGGACAGUUCUGUGAAGCGAAGGAGCAAGUGCCAAAACUCGAUAUCGAUAGAUUGUUUAGAGAGGAAAUUAUCGUCUCUGAUUGACGAUAUGUCAGCGAGGAAUACUGUGAACAUCACGGAGGCGAUUCAAGUGGUGAAAACCGAAACGACGACGCCGGUUUAUGAGGACGAAGGCCUGUUCGAGAAGGUCCAUAGGUUCGCCAAGAGCCAUGUGAUGAGGAUUAAUUUGGAUAAGGAGUUGAUGCCCACUCCGGAGUCUAGGAUGUUCUUUGGAGCUACAGCUAAUGGACAGAAUCCCUUUUUAACCGGCUUCGGACUUGGUUUUUUAGCAUUCGGACUGAAGAAACUCAUGAUACCGUUGUUCAUCGGUGCACAAAUUAUCAAAACAAUGCUGGUUGCUCUCUUCCUUCCAAGUAUCAUUGGAAGUAUCGGUAAAAUUGUUGGGAAAGGUCUUACUUCGUUUGCCCAAGGCUCAGGUGGUGCAGCACAACCCGAGGAGAAUUUCGAGUUCAAGGAUAAUUCGGAUCUUUAUCGGGAUGAUUAUAUGAUGAAACAGCCACUUGGAACGUUACCGGCUUCUGCCAUGUACGACGAGGGAAUGCUCAUGCAGCCGUCUCCUAAGCCUGAUUCGAGGUUGUCGUAUGUCGACUCUAGGUAUGCCGGGGCGAAUGGUUUCAAUGAUCGGUAUUAUACGAGGCAUGUGGCCACUAACGGACUGUCGAAGACUCAGGACUUCAAGGUCUUCCAUGAGAUACCAACGAGUUCGUUACUGUUGACGAACUAUGACCCAUUCUAUUCGCCGCUGCUAUCUCGGUUAGACGCGGUAUUUUCGCGUCUCGGCCAUACAAACGAGUUCUGUCGUGAGUAUGCAGUUUGCGCGAUGUACAGGAGCCCAGCAAGAUACGCGCCAUACUCCAAUCUGGUGUCUGCGCAAUUGUCGAGGGAGUUGAAUGAGCUGCGAAGGCCGAGCAGUGACAACCCCGAUGUCCUGCGUUUCUUCAGGUACAUGAAGGCUGCCAAGGACGGCCAGGACGGCAUAAAGUGCGAGAAGGCUUACUCCGGGUGUGAUAUAGCGAGGGACGAUCCCAGUCUCAGGCAGAAUCAAGCCAUGCUCGCUACUUAUCAGGAUAUCGACAAACUCGUGCACGCGAGAAAGCUGUAGACUCUGUUUGUGUGAAGCUUUAGACUUUUUCAAUGGGCAGGAUUAAUAGUGAAAUGUGGGAGGG